AGGUUAUAUCGACUUCCAUUAACCAGCCAUUCUCCAAACGCCUCCGCCUCGCCUUCACACUCAAAGCCAAAGCCAAACCGAAGAAACUCCUUCAAAAUGCCCCGCGAAUACCAACCCCGCCCCAGCAAACGCAAACACAGCGACAACGGCGGCGGCGGCGAUGACCUCGAAGAACGCGGCCACGGCCACCACUCCCGCAAGAAGGUCUUCCUCAAGAAGAACCCCGACUUCACCUCCGUGAACGACCUCAAGAAACGCAUCCGCGCCGCCAAGCGCCUCCUCGCCAAGCCCGACCUCCCAGCCGACGUGCGCGUUACCCAGGAGCGCGCCCUGCUGGGCUACGAGCGCGACCUUGAGGAAGAGAUGCAGAGUCGCGAGCGGUCGAAGCUGAUCAAGAAGUAUCAUUUUGAACGCAAGACCGCCACCAAAGAGAUCGCCCGCCUCACCCGCAAGGAGAAGGAGCUCACCGAGAACACACCCGACAUGGAUGCCGCGACCAGGGAGAAGAAGCUCGCCUCCGUGGCCAAGAAGCUGCACGUGGCGCGCGUGAACCUGAACUACACGAUUUACUACCCGCUCACGGAGAAGUAUAUUGCUCUGUAUGCGGAUGUGAAGAAGAAUAAGAAGGCGGAGGGUGGGCAGGGGGAUGUUGAGGCUGAGCAGGACCAGGACCAGGAGGAUGCGGCGGGAGCAGCGGAGAAGUCGUCCGCUAUGUGGAAGACGGUCGAGCAGUGCAUGAAGGACGGCACCCUGGAUCUGCUCCGGGACGGCAAGCUGAACAACAAGGAGAGAAAGGCCAAGUCGACAGACACCGGAGCGGCGGCGGACAAGUCGACGAAGAGCAAGAAGAGCGCGCGCGAGCAUCCCGAUGCCCACAAGUCGAGCGCAAGGGCCAAGGGCGAUGAUCGGAAACAGAACAAGAAGAAGUCCCACGCGAAGCAGGAUGACUACGAGAUGCCGGAUGCCGGCAAUAAUGAUGAUGGGAAUGAGAGUGACGGCGGAUUCUUUGAGAUGUGAUCGAGUGGCUUCUUCUUGUCAGCGUGAUGAUGCAUUUGCAGGUGUUGGUCUUUUUUCCUCUUCAUUCUUUCUUGGGCUACUUCUUAGUAUCUCAUCCUUGACGAACUGUUUCAUACCUCGUCAUCAUACGAUACCCAAAAUAUACCUGUU